AUUUUCGUAUAAAUAGACGAUUGACGGGCGAGUAAAAACAGAAGAAUCGUUAAUAAGAUGAACCGCGCACAUUUGAUUCCGCUCUCCAUUGUCGGACUAUGGCUGUUGGUGACGUCUGUUGCAGGUUUUUCUGUCGAUGCAGAUACACCUUGCAAGCGGCUGGCUUUGGCCAAAGCCGCCGGCAUUUGUUCGAAAGAUUACUCACCCUGUAGUUGUACCGAACAAAACGUUAAUUGCAAUCAAGUACCAGUUUGCGACAUAGCAAGAAUGUUCAAUACUAUGACAUGGCACGAUUUAAAUUCAAUCGAAAUUACGAUAUCGCCAACUGAAACAGAACCGAUUCCAGAUGAUUUUCUGGGUUACGCGCGCGUUAAUGGUUCUGUUAGUUUAGUUUGUACGGAAAACAGUUAUUUACAAGUAUCUGAAAACGCAUUUCGCGCAUCCAUGGAAUCUAUCCUUACUGUAUCAAUUAGAGGCUGUAAUUUAGAAAAGCUCAAUUAUGCAUUCAUGUCCAAAAUGAAAAAGCUGAGCGACUUUUUUAUUUUUCAAUCAAGUGAAUUUUUAAGUUUUAAAGGACUGCCCUCUCAUUCAAAUUUUAAGAUGUUGAGCAUUACGGGAUCCAGUGGAUUUGCUGCACUAGAUUCGACUCCCGUUGAAUUAGCCGGAUUGAAAUCCUUGUAUCUCAAUGAUAAUCAGUUAACUGAUAGUGAAGCUUCUGCGCUUAUUAAAACUUUGGCUACAACAUCAGUUAACUCUUUGACUGACUUCAGAUUGAACGAUAACAAGCUGACCCGAGUCCCUGAUUUUCUAUUAUCGAUACCAAACCUUGCAGACUUACAUUUGAAGAAUAACGCCAUUACCUCGCUGUCUGCCAACUCAUUGGCCUUCAGAGGUCCCAUUUCCAUCAGUUUGGGUAAAAAUCAAAUCAAAUCCGUAAGACCAGGCGCGUUUGGUUCGCUAAGAACCUUGGGUACUUUUGGAUUGAUCAGUCUCAACCUCAACAAAUUUAAUCGCUUGGAUUCCAACGCCUUCCAAACCCUGCUUGAAGGAAUGGUUAUAGCUGGUGAAGGCAGUCUGGAGCUUGGAGAAACUCCGAUUGUCUGUGACUGCAAUAUCGCCUGGCUUCUCCGAGACAACAGACAUCUGUUAAAGCAUGUCUUGUAUGGAAAGUGCGCCGGUGAUGCUGGGGAUUUUGCCGAUGUCGAACCGGAGAGAUUCAAUCAUUGCCCAGCAGCGUAAGUGGAGACCGAACAAAAAAAAAAGAAAACUUGCAUUCUUAAUAAAGCCUACGGCAAAACUGUUCAAUUCAUUUUUUGAAUUAACCUUGUGAUUCGGUAUUUGUUUGCAUUUUUGUAUGUAGUCGUAUGUAGUUCAUUCUUCAAUGUAAAACUUGGUUGACGUCUUUAAAUAGGCCUAGAAUCCUGUAACAAAUGACAAUAAACAUUUUUUUGGCUUCUU